AUGGAUAGAUUUUUGCCACCAAGUAUUUUAUCCUUAUCUACCAUUACUUUAGCUGAAGUAUAUUUAAAAGAAACGUUUACUGAUGCAGAAUGGGAAAAGCGUUGGAUACAAUCUAAACAUCAAGAUGGGCUUGGAAAUUUCAUAGUAUCUUCAGGGAAAUUUUAUGCCGAUGAAACAGAAUCUCGUGGAUUAAAAACUACACAAGAUUCAAAAUUUUAUGCAAUUUCGAGUAAAUUAGACAAAACAAUUGAUAAUACUGAUAAAACUCUUGUUGUUCAAUUUUCGGUUAAACAUGAACAGGGCAUCGAUUGUGGUGGAGGUUAUGUCAAGCUUUUGCCACCCAACUUUGAUUCCCUUAAUUUCAAAGGAGAAUCUCAGUAUAAUAUCAUGUUUGGACCCGAUAUUUGUGGACCAACUAGAAAAGUUCACGUAAUUUUAAAUUAUGAUAAUGAAAAUAAACAAAUUAAGAAACAAAUUAAAGCACCAUCAGAUCAAUUAACGCAUUUAUAUACUUUAGUAUUAAAUCCUGAUAAAACUUAUGAGGUAUUAAUUGACGAUAAAGAAGAAGCAUCUGGAAAAUUAGAGGAAGAUUUUGAUUUACUUCCUCCAAAGGAAAUUACCGAUCCGGAUGCAAAGAAACCCGAGGAUUGGGUUGAUGAGGCAAAAAUUCCAGACCCUGAGGAUAAAAAACCAGAUGAUUGGAAAGAUGUUCCACCAACUAUUCCUGAUCCUGAUGCAGAAAAACCAAACGACUGGGAUGAUGAUAUGGACGGAGAAUGGGAACCACCACACAUACCAAAUCCAGAAUAUCAAGGAGAGUGGAAACCAAAAAUAAUUGAUAAUCCAAAUUAUAAAGGUCCAUGGAAUGCACCAUUAAUACCCAAUCCUGCAUAUAAAGAAGAUAAAUUACUUCACGCAUAUAAUACUUCUUUUAUCGGUUUUGACUUAUGGCAAGUUAAAAGUGGUACAAUAUUUGAUAACAUUUUAAUUACUGAUGAUAUUGAAGAAGCCAAAAAAUUUUCAAAUGAAACUUUUAUAAAGUAUCGUGAUGCAGAAUUAGAAGCUAAAAGAAAAUUAGAUGAAUUAGAAACCAAGAAGACAACUUCAAAAGAGGAGGAAAAGGAAAAGAUUAGUGAAGUAGUUGAAGAUAAUGAUGAUGAUAUCAUUGACCUUGAUGUUAAGAUUCAACCAGAUGGUCAAGUUCAAGUAACACCACCUGAUCCCGAAUAUGAUGAACCAAAAGUUGUUAAAGAUACACAAAAACAAAUACCAAUUCAAGAAGAAGGAAAACCUUCCUCAUCUAGUUCAGCUACAACAUCUACUCCUACCUCAGAGCCUUCAACAAAAGACGAAAAGGAUAAACUUUCUGAUGAUAAAAAACAAAAUGAAGAACUUGAUAAAUUCUUUGAUGAAUUUGAGGCAGAAAUAGGAAGUGAUGAUAAAAAACCAACCAGAGAUGAAUUAUAA